AAAAACUAGCACGUGUUCCCCAAAAACAGUCGAGCCCAAAAAACUAGUACGAACAGGGGUGAGGUUGGCAGCACAGACAGCGACAACGGAUGCACCUCGACGUCAUCUUUUUCCACUGCGCCAAAUCGAUUUGAAGAAGCUCUUCAUCCAACCAAGCGCCAACAACUGCAGUCGGCAACCCACGCUGUCAGCAAGUCGUACAAGAUCAGCAUCAUCGUCUUCAUAAAAUCCUGACGAUGCGAUGUUGAGAGGCGGAUGACGUGCAGAAUGGAAGCUGGGCAAACAGCGGCAAACACAGAAUGUUCGAGCAAGCUUUGCUGCAUUCUCAGGACUACGAAGCUGCUGGUCGUAGACCUGAUGGAUGCUCUUCCCAAGUCCGCGUGGAUAGGUGAGCGCAUGCUCCUCCUGGUUCAUGAUGGCCCACAUGGUCAACCUGAGACCGGAGGCUUCAUCGAAGGUUCUGGCAAUGGCAUCUCAGCCUCAGCAACUUCAGGCUCCUGGCCAUCUUCCAACUUUGGCAAGGCUCCAACGAAACAGGAGGCGAAGCCUUGGUGAAGGUGUGGCCAGCACUUCAGAAUCACUUCGCUGAGGAGACUCCGCUGCCUCGAAGUCCUCCUCGUCCACGGCAUCAGUUUUGAUGGCCUCACGACGACCCAUGAAGAGAUCCUCUGCGCAUACCUGGAAAACAACAGCUUGCUGCGCGUGCACAAAGAACCGUGCAAAUUCAUCCAAUAUCAUCCAAUCACAGGGCGCACGUUAACCCCCGUAUGCUUCUCCAAGAGCUCCGUGAGUUUGUCCACGAAGCAUCCAAGAGCUGUUCAAGAGCUCUUGACCCCAAAGACUGCUGGAAGCGUGCGUCAAAAUCCAGUCGUUUUCAAAAAACAGUCGAGGCUUCAAAAUCUGGUCGUUUUAUCAAUAAACCAUACGAAUGUUCCAUUUAUAGUACGAAUGGCCAAGGUUCAAAUAUUUCAAGUACGAAGGGUCCUCUAGGUAUCCUAUAUAUGACGAUACUUCGUUGUCCGUCUUGGG